AUGUCGACCGUCUUCGCCUCCCUGGUACGCCCGCCCAAGCUGCGACGCGCUUCCGCAGCUACGCAGCCCGCGGCCCAGCCUCCGCCCUCGAUCGACAGUCAUGGUCUCGACGAGCCCGACCUGCGCGACCUCAAUGCCGCCCUGCAAGCGCUUACGGAUAUCUUCCCCGACCUGCAACCCGAGGUUUUCCGAGAGAUGCUGUCUACUUUUAGCGAAGAGAGCAGGCUGCAAGUCGUCACCGAGACGCUCUUGAAGCAUGGCGACAAGUACGUGCGGGGCCGGUACAGGAAGCCUGCUGAGCAGGAAGAGCAGCGGGAGACGGCGCAGAAGUACAAAUACCGCAAAGAAGACGCACCGAGGGAUACUCGAGGCAUACCCCUUGCGCUGGAAGAGAAGUUCCGGUCACGACGGUAUAAGGAGGCUGCCAAAGAAGCGCUGUAUCAGGAAUUCAAAGGCCUGAGCCACUCGACCAUCAAGGCUGUGCUGGCUGAAUACAACUACAGCUAUACGCAUGCACGACCGACGCUAUUGGAUCUGUCAACUAGAAGCUGGAGGUCCAGCAUCACCAACUUCCUGAUGCGCCGGAAGGCGCCGACGGCCAGUGAUCACCCCCUGGUCAUAUGGACUCCCGCCGACGAACGCCUGAACCGUCCGUCUAUGCCACUUCUCGUAAAGACUCGAAGCGACGAGCUGAACCAGGAGCUGUACAACGCACUCAUUGUACCGGAACAUGAGAAACACCGGAACGCGCAAUUGCGACAGGACUAUGACUUGGCCAUGCAAUGGAACGAAGAGGAGGCCGAGCGUGAAGGCGAAAUGUACGACUGCGAAUGCUGCUUCAUACCCAACACGCUUCAGCAGAUGUCGACCUGCGAUAUCGAUGGCCACUACAUCUGCUUCCGUUGCAUACGGCAUGCUAUCAACGCUGCCCUCUACGACCAGGGCUGGGCGCGUAACAUCAACACGGACCUGUGUACCCUGAAAUGCAUAGCGCCUAUGACCGGUGGCUCCGAAGAGUGUCGUGGCUGCAUACCCUUCUCGUUUGUGAAGCGCGCUCUUCUGGAAGAGCAAGAUGGAAAGGACAACCUGAACAAACUCAACGAGCGCUUCGCUAGCGAUGCACUGACCAGAUCUCAGCUACCACUCGUACAGUGUCCCUUCUGCUCGUAUGCGGAGUUGGAUGACCUCGCGCUUCCAGAUACCAACCUCUUCGCCAGCCUACGUUUCAAAUCCCGCCCACUCAUACUGGCUUCGCUGGCAUCGGUGCCUUUCAUGUGCUACAUCUGCCGACAGGGUCUUGCGAAUGAGGGCUAUCAACACUUCUGUGGACACUUCCGCGAACGGCCCGGACAGCCAUGCGGCGAGUGCAACAAAUGUGAUCUAUACCGCGUAGAGGACGAAGAGAGGGUGGUCAAGAGGGCCAAAGAUAGGGCCGAAGCAGAGUGGUGGGAGGCGCAGGGCGAUGGUGCGAAAGAAGGACUGCAGAAAGAGGUUGGGAAGAACGAGGGCUCUGCGGCGAAAGGGGUUGCGGGGCUGAAGAGGGGAAAUUGGGAAGCCUGGAUCGAAGGCGUACUGGAUAGUGUGCUUGUUUAA